UCGUCCGAUUCGCGAACUGGCUUCGUCCUUCCCCAGCUCCUCCGUUCUCGACCUCCGAUCUGAAAAUACUUUCACCCUAAACCAUUGCUUUCGCUGCCGUGUUGAUCUUUUCCACCGCCUUCUCGUUUAUUUUCUCCGUUUUUUACUUUGCGAUCUCACAAAACCCGUGAGGUUUCAAUCUUGCUUUUUAAAUUUAAGGCCAUAUCUCUCCCCUGAUUUUCUCGCUAGGGUUUCUCAAAAACGACUUCAUACUUAUCUCAUCGGAGGUUAAGUUCAGUUUGUUUGGAUGACAUUGCUAGAAAACUUGAAUUAUGACGUCAAAUACACUAUCAGGAGAACGGAGAUGGGCUUCAGCCAGAAGAAGCGGAAUGACUGUUUUGGGGAAAGUUGCUGUUCCAAAACCAAUUAACUUACCCAGCCAAAGGUUAGAAAACCAUGGCCUCGACCCUAAUGUUGAGAUUGUUCCAAAGGGCACCCUAAGCUGGGGCAGUAAGUCAUCUUCAUCACCUAAUGCUUGGGGAUCAUCAGCGCUGUCUCCAAGCGCUGAUGGCAGUGGUGGUUCUCCUAGCCAUCUAAGUGCUCGCCCUUCAUCUGGGGGAAGUGGCGCACGACCAUCAACUGCGGGUAGUGACAGGGCCCAUGAAACUGGUAAUGCAUGGGGUGUUUCAAAUUCUAGGCCAUCAUCAGCUUCCGGGGAAAUAACAUCAAAUCAGACAUCAUUUACAUCUCUUCGUCCUCGUAGUGCAGAAACAAGACCUGGUAGCUCUCAGUUAUCCCGGUUUGCAGAACCUGUGUCUGAGAGUCCAGGGGCUUGGAGUGCAACUGGGACAGCAGAAAAGUUGGGAAUUGCACCCUCCAAGAAUGAUGGGUUUUCUCUCACUUCCGGGGAUUUUCCAACUCUUGGGUCUGAAAAGGACACUAUUGAGAAAAACACAGAACCACAAGAUCAUUGUUCUCAUGGUCGAUCUGGAUCAUCCUCUGGUGAAGUGGCUAUAGUGAAAGAGAGUAUAGGCACCUCUGUUGUUGGUGAUGUUGCUGUAAGUGCAAAUGUAAGGGGCGGAACUGGAAAUUCUUGGAGAAAAGAUAAUCCUCCAGCUCCUGAAGAUGGAGUUCGUCCCGGUGUGGAGAAGUGGCAUGCAGAUCAUCAAGGGCCCCACCCGUUCUCAAAUGCUGGUAUUCACCCUCAGCAUUAUGAUGCUUGGCAUGGUCCUCCAAUAAACAAUCAUCCAGGUGGUGUUUGGUACAGGGGGGCUCCAGGAGGUCCACCGUAUGGAUCUCCAAUUCCUCCUGGACCCAGUGCCUUUCCUUUGGAGCCAUUUCCUUAUUAUCGACCUCAGAUUCCAGGUACUGCUCUUGCCAAUCCACCACCUGUUCCCCCUCCAGGUGCUGGACCAAGGGCUCUCCACCCAAAAAAUGGGGAUAUGUACGGGCCCCCAAUUCCUGAUGCUUAUAUUCGGCCGGGCAUGCCAAUUAGGCCUGGUUUUUACCCUCCCCCCAUAGCCUAUGAAGGCUACUAUGGUCCACCCAUGGGCUACUGUAAUUCCGGUGACCGAGAUAUGCAGUUUAUGGGAAUGGCAGCUGGUCCUGCUGCUUAUAACAGGUUCCCUGGUCCAAAUGCUCCUGAUGUUGGUAGUUGCCAUGCCAGAUCCAGUGGAUAUGGCCAUUCAGGAAAAGCUUUGGCCUUGGAACAUGGUGAAUCUGGCCAUCUUCAUGAUACAAGAGGACCAUACAAGGUUCUUCUCAAGCAGCAUGAUGGUUGGGAUGGUAAAGAUGAGCAGAAAUGGGAGGAUAAAAAGGUACUGACUAGUGUAGGGAAAGAUGGCCAACAGAAAGCAUCAUCUUGGGACAAUGACGUGAAAGCAGAUCACAGAGAUGAAGAGAUGAAUUUAAGGUGCACGGUUGGUGAAGAAGCUCCUUCUCAUAGCAUUGGCAUUGGCCAACACAGAGGUGGUGGUUCUAUCUCAAUAAAAGUCAAGUCACCUGAAAGUGCAGAAAAUGCUAGGACAUAUGAUAGCAUUUCAGCAAAGGAAAUGGAAGCAGAAUCCUUAGCUGCCUCAAAAGAUUCUAGUCUGAUUCAGAAAAUAGAGGGUUUAAAUGUGAAGGCUCGUUCUUCCAAUGGACGAUAUGAUGCUACUUAUAUUUCCAAUAGUGGGGAGCAGAAAAAUAAAUCACACAUUGUUAAUGCAAAGCCUAACCAUUCUCUAAAUGAAGGUGCAACUGGUUCUAGUGCCAUAUAUCCUGAUAGAAUGCAUGGUCCAGGAAUUACUAACUCUGCCUCUGAUGAAGUUAGUACUUCUGUAGAAGACGGUAGUCUUGAUUCAACAGCUACUAGUGCAGCAGUCAUUCCCAGGAGAUCUACUCAUGGCAUGCAUGGCAUUACCAAUCAUCAUGAUAGAGGAAGAUACAAUUCUCAAGAGAUUGACAGAUGGCAGAAGAAACCUAGUGUUAUAGAUUCUUCAUGUGCUAAACCAGCUCUGGAUUUGGAAAAUUCUAAUUUUGAUGUUCAAGACCAGGCAUCUGGGGCUGCAGAAAGUUCUGGAUACCCUCAAUCAAGGGAUGAGGGAGAACCUGUGCAAACUAUAUACAAUACAAGUGAUACCCAGGAGCAGCGUGCUAUGAUGAAGGAGCUAGCCAAACAACGUAUGAAACAGCGACAGAAGGAGGAGGAAGAACGUGAGAGAGACCAGAAGGCUAAGGCACUUGCAAAACUGGAAGAGUUGAACAGGCGUACACAGGCUGUGGAAAGUUCAACACAGAAGUUGGGAGCUGAUCCAGGCAGUGGUAUCCAGAGUAACCAGGGAGAAUCCCUUUCUCUUGAAGAAGGAAAUGUGCCUCUUAGCAAAUAUGAAACUUCAAGUUCAGCUGUGGUUUCUAACCCAAAUGUAAUUUCACAUGUUGGUGAAAGCAUUAGUCAAGCUGAGAAGUCAAUUAUUUUGUCCAAUGAGCUACUUCCUGAGUCAACAAAGAAUGCCAACAGGGAAACCGCCGAAGAACAUGCUCAAUUUCUGUCCUUACAAGAGGGUGCUAAUAAUACUGAUCCUCUGUGCUGUGAAAAUCCCCCACGGUUAACUGAUGGCAGUGUCCCUAAGCUGAAGCGUGUGAACUAUAGACAAAAGCACAAUGUUCCAUUGCAGAAGAGUUCUACUGAGAAGCCUGUCUCUGCCAAUACCAAGGAGGCACCAAAGGGUCAAACUGGUACACCCAUUAAUGUAGCUUUGUCUACUGAGCUUGUUGCCAAUGAAAUUGCCUCAAAUGCUGACUUCAAUUCUGCCCAAAAUAUCAUGUCUGAGUCCUCUAUGCAACAGAGAAGAAAGAAUGGCAGGAGCAGCAAGAACAAGCACAAAGUGGAAGAGGCGUCAUCUAUGGGUGCUUUACCAUCUGUCACAUCCAAAGAAACCGAUAUUAGAAACAAUUCAUUUGAGGAUAACAAAGCCAAAUCUUCUGAUUCUGAUUGGGUUUCUCACUCAGUUCAGUCUCUAAGUGAAUCUAAAGAAGCAAAUCAAUCUUUAGAGCAGCAAUCAUCAUCACCUAAUGAAGAAUUCCUUGGGAGGGUGAAUAACCAGGGGAAAACUCAAACUCAGCAUUCUCGCAAGGCUGCUCGAAAUCCACAGUCUCAUUGGGCACCUGUGCGGUCACAUAAUAGGAGUGAGGCCACUGAACAAGUCAGUCAGAAGAAGGAUGCUGAAGCUGGUGGUUCAUCCGCAAAGAGUGAUCCUCAAUUGCAGAACAAUCCAAGAAACAAGAGAGCAGAGAUAGAAAGGUAUGUACCAAAGCCUGUUGCCAAAGAAAUGGCUCAGCUAGGAAGUGGUCAGCAACAUUUGGCUCCUUCAUACAGUCAAACUACAGUCAAUGAUGAGACUGUUAGGAGGAUUGAUUCUGGGUCUCAUGGGGCAGCUACUACCAGAGAGUUGAGGAGUGGUGAUUCCAGGCAGAACCAGCAAGGAAAGGGCCAUGGGUCUUGGCUCCAACGAGCUUCAGCUGAAUCAUCUGUGCAAAGUAUGCAAGACGGGCAGCCUUCAAACCCAAAUAAGGGCACUCAUAAAUUAACUGGGCAUCAGGAACACCAGAAUAGUGAUGCAAACUUAGCGAAAGAGCAGCCUAAAUAUGCUGAAUUGAACUUUAAUGAUGGCUGGAACAUUCCUGAACCUCCUGAGCCUGCACUACCGCCAUCUAUUUCUGUUGUAAGAGAUCAGGGAGUGGCAGCACGAGGAAAGCGGCAUAUGAUGAAAGGACAGCAGAGAGGUAUUGGAAACAAUCGUGAAUCUGAUUAUAGGAAAGGGGAAGCUGAAAAUCAUAAUGCGCAAUUCCCAGUUACUGAUACAAGCCAAACAGAUUUUCCUGCUACUUCAAAAGAAAAUCGUAGUGGGGAUCGCCCAUUGUCUCAAUGGCAACCUAAAUCUUCAAUCUCUAAUCAGCAGGCAAACAGGCUUGAUGGUGGUCAAAAUGUUGGAGCUGAAAUUGGUAGAGGUAACAGAAAAGAUUCUAAUUCCCAGGGUAGGGUGCCACUUCCACCUCAACCACACAAGCAAACCAAUGAAAGUCUGGCACAGCUGUCUCCCAAGGAUCUAUCUGUUGUUGAGAAAGGCCAUGUAGAAGAAACUCUGGAAAUGGGGCACCUAGAUAUAAACAGAGAAAGCAGGGAAGGAGCAGUCAAAGGACGUCCUUACUCCCCAAAUCAAGGUGCUGGUAUUCCAGAGGAGCCUCACCCAUCAAAUGUGGAAACUCGACAUGAGCAACGAAUGCCAAGGCCACGUAGAAAUGUCUACCAAAAUAACCGAUUUGGUAGAGGGCAAGAAUCUCAUGGAGAUUGGAAUUCAUCUGGUCAAGAGCAUAACCUUCCUGCAAACCGGGAUAGGCAGAGGCACAAUUCACAUUAUGAAUACCAGCCAGUUGGGCCACAAAAUAAUAACAGAGCAAAUAAUCCUGAAGGACCAAAAGAUGGUUCUCACAAUAUGGGCGGAAGGUUUAGGGAGAAGAGUCGGAGUCACUCUCGACGUGGUGGGGGCAACUUCCUUGGACGACAGAGUGGCAAUGUAAGAGUAGAUGGUGGUUUUGAUUGAUUAUAAGGAGACUAGAACAUGGAUGGAUGACAUAGCAAGGUCGUGAGUAGGUGAUGUUAUGGUUUUAUUUGUGGGAAGGAAGUUCACAGGUAUAUUACAAAUUAGGCAGCAUUUUUCAGUGGUAAAUAUUGUUGAACUAUCUGUCAACUGAUUGGUGUGUACAAUUGAGCAGGGUUAGAGAACAGCAGAGAUGGUGCCUAGGCAAAAAGAUAAGUCAGUUGAUCCGUGGUGCUGAAAUGUGGUUUACUUAUCUCAUUUUAUAUGGUUUAAAGAAGUGUAAUUCGGUCACAGCUGUUUCGCUGUGGAACCUCUUGGUAUAUCUUUGAGCCUUCUUGUUUUGGGAAUGAAGUAGUGAAGAAGUUUCAUUUCAUUGUUCUCCCCCCCACUUCAUUUUGGUAUCCCU